AUGGGUGAAUGAAGUCGUCAGUCUCUCUGUAAACUGUGUGCGAUUCAAUUUUGCGUGUGACGCAAUUAAUACAAUAAUAAUAACUUUUCAUGAAAAAGUAAAAAUUGUGUAAAAAAAAUCAUUGCAAAAUGAAUUUGGAGGAUGAAAUUGACACGAGGAUUAACUAUAUAUUCGAGACAAAUGAUGUUGAGGCUUUUGGAAAAGAGUCAGACGACGAAGAGGAUCUUGUUCUGUCGGAAGACAAAGUCGAGAGUGAUGAACUUAACAGUGAUGACAAUUACAAAUGCAGUCCGAACAAAAUUGUUAGAACCGAAAAGAAAGUAGAGCAACAACCAUCUACCAGCGCAGGUCAUCCGAAACAGUAUGUUUCGGAAACAGCGAAAAACAACAGCGAGUUGCGUACGAAGGCUCUUGAAUCGACAGGGAGAUCAGUCACCACGCGUUUGCCUGAAUGUGGACAAAGAGUGAAAGAAAUGGAAACUCCAUUAGAGGUCUGGAGUUUGUUGUUUCCGGAUGAAUUGUUGGAGAUUAUAGUAAAAUAUACUAAUGAGAAAAUAGAGGGGACAUUUAAUCCUGAUCAACAGACAGAUUUGACAGAAAUAAAAGCAUUUAUCGGUCUUUUAUAUUUCGCUGGACUACAAGAAGAUAGACAUAAAGAUACGAAAAAAAUGUGGGAAGAAGAAGGUUGUACCAUGUAUAGAGCUGUCAUGACUCGUGAUCGUUUCAUUUUUCUGAGUUCGUGUAUACGCUUCGACGACAAAACUACAAGGAAAGACAGACAAACUGCCGACAGAUUGACGGCCAUCAGAGAAAUUUGGGACCUGUUCAUCGAAAAUUGUACCAAAUAUUAUAGUCCUUCACAGAAUUGUACUGUGGAUGAACAGCUUCUUGAAUUUGAAGGAAACUUUUUUAAGACGGUUUACAAACUUGAUGAACAGGCAAUACAAAUUUUCUGUUUAAAUGAUUCCAAAACUUUUUAUAUGUUAAACGCGAUUCCAUACACGGGCAAUGUUGAAACCACAAUGGAAUCUGUAUGUGAUGAUUAUAUGCGUCUUAAAGAUAAGAAUAAAACAGAUGAGGAUACUGAAAAAUUGGAAAUAGUUUGGCAUUAUAAUAGUACAAAAAACGAAACCUACAAUUUUGAUGUUUUGUGCAAAAGAUAUUCGACGUCUAGAAAAACGAUGCAAUGGACUAUGAGGCUUUUCUUUGGCAUGCUCGAUCAAGGAGUCGUUAACAGCAAUAUUUUAUACAAUCUGGUUGUUGAAAAAAAUGAUUUGAUGAAUAAAUAUAAUUUUACAAAAAGACUCGUAUUGAUGUUAACAGCUCCUCAUAUGCAAAACCAUUUGCAAAAGAGACUUCAAAUAACAUUGGACAUUGAUUUAAAGUCUCAAUCAAUGAUCCAGAGUAUUUUAAAAAUGAAUCCGCAACCAAUAUUUGAAAAUUUCAGAAAAGCAAAAUGUUGUGAGAACAUUUCUUGCCGCAAAAUAACUUCGUUAGAUUGUAUUCUUUGCAAAAGGUCGUUUUGUAUAAAACACUGUACCAAGAAAACCGAUCCCCACUUGCGUCAAGAAUAUUCUUUUUGUUUUUCAUGUCUUAAAAAGUGAAAUGUAAAAUUUUUUGUUUUUACGUUCUUCAUAUUUUAUAAACUUUAUGCAUUAAAAGAUAAAUCAUUUUG